AAAAAUAGCAAAAUAAUAUUCUUUUUUAAUUAUUUUCCACAUUUUCAACCGGUCAAACCGAAAAAACCGGCCGGCACGGUAAAAUCAGCACAAUCAGCCCACCGUACAGUUUUUGGUCCAAUUUCCGGUUGAACCGGCCGGUACGAUCCAGUUUUCUGAUCUAUGCUGCUGGUAGCGGUCGCCGGAGAAUUUUGUUUUUGCGAGUGGACUGCGGUCCGGUUGGCCAAGGGGAGGGAACUGUGGAAGGGCUAAACGACAGCGUGCUUGUCCACGUCAUCGAUCCUCGCCUCUUUCAUCUCUCAAUCUGUAAUUGGACGGUCCGAUUUUCAUCUCGCUAACUCAAAACCCAAGGGGCAUCCUUAUCCCCCGCUCAUUUACGCCCACACCUUUACCACCUACCUAACGCUGCUUCUCUUUUUAUUAGUUGUUGUUUUUCCCCCCUUUCUCUGUAGCUACUAGCUAGCCCUAAUUUUAUUUUCCUCCAUAAAUUUUAAUCUUUUUUCAGUGUAUUGGGGGAAAAAAAGAAAUUAAAAUCUUUCCUUCCUCUCUCUUCUCCCACCCCUGCGAUUCUUAUCUUGUCCUUUCUCUCUCUAGAAAAAAAGAAAAAAAGAACUCCAAUGGAUCCGCUGCACAACCACAUCCCUCCCCUGCCGUGGGACCAACCCACUCCGACCGCUACCGUCGCCGCCGCUCCCUACCCCGUCGUCACUUUCCCUCACUCCGACGCCGCCGGACUGCAGCCCCACAGCUAUGUUUCCCAGCAGUCUUUCCCCAACUUCGCCCCACCAGCUGGAGCAACCGCACUCUCAACAGAUCCUUCCCCUGCUUCAUCUCCAACUCCAACUCCGACCACCGCUGCUGCUCAAGCUCCGGGUGGAUUACCCUCCAGCCUCCCUUCCUAUUCCAAGAUGAUUUUCACGGCGAUUGAGGCGUUGAAAGAACGCGACGGGUCAAGCAAGAGGGCGAUAUCGAAGUACAUCGACCAUGCUUAUCAUGGGCUACUUCCGCCGAACUACGGGGACCUGUUGGCUAACCAAUUGAAGCUUCUGAAGAGCAAAGGGCUGCUCGACAUGGUGAAAAAAUCUUACAAGAUAAGCGGAUCUGGUGGUGUCACCGCCAACAUCAACGACCUCCCAGACCUUACUCUCGAUUCUUCCCUUCAACCGCCCCCGCCGACGCAAGGCCUGCUUUCUCCUCCUUCUGUUGGGCCUAAAAGAGGCCGUGGCAGGCCUCCGAAGGCCAAGCCCACAACUGCCCCACAGCCUGCUGUUGAAACUGUACUACCCAACGGCCAGGUUGCUCAGCCGUUGAGUGAUUCUCUGCCGCCGGGCUUCGUCGCCAACGGCCAGCCGGCGACAGGGCAUUACCCUUCCUCUGGAGUCGACGUUAAUGUUAAUGUGGAGGAAGGUGUCCACGGAGCGACUCAGCCUGUCACGGUGCCUGUCGGACUGGCAGCGGAGGAUGGUACUGCUACUGCUAAGAGAAGGCCAGGGCGUCCUCCUAAGAAGCCACUGGGGGUUGAUACUAGUGGGGUUGGGAUUGUGAAGAGGGGCAGAGGGAGGCCACCGAAGAGCGUUUUGGGUCUCGGGACGAAGAAGAGAAGUCCCGGGAGGCCCAGGAAGCCGAAACCUAAAACCGUGGCAGCUGUGUCUGGUGCUAAUGGGUACAAGAGGCGCCCUGGUCGCCCGCCUAAGAACCAGGCGAAUUCGGUGGCAGUUCCUUAUGCUAGCAUUGAAGCAGCAGCGCCUCUCAGUGUGCCGAGGCCAAGGGGUAGGCCAAGGAAGGGUACUGGCUCCAUUGCUGCAGGUGUUGGUGUUGGAGUGCUUGGACUAAAUGAUGGUGUCUUGGAGCCCAGGAGGAGCGGGAGGCCAGUUGGUCGCCCAAAGAAGUACACGGAUGAAUCAGAUGCACUAGGCGAAGCAGAAUUCAGGAGGAAACUCGUGUUCUUUCAAUCACGGGUGAAGGAUGUUGCUGGCGUGCUGAGGCCAAUGCUGAGCAACGAUGCUCCCGAAAAAGUGGUCAAGGCUGUUGCAGAGCUGGAGAAGCUUGCGAAAAUAGACAUCGAGCAGGAACUGAAGGAGGAGAUCGUGUCGUUUAACCUGCAUGAUAUUGAUCUCGAUGCGGAGGCUGCAGUUGGCGAAAGUUAGGAAGAUUGUCGAUGUAUUCUUUGGCAAUGUGAAAAGGGAAGUGAAUGUGAUUAUCGUCAGUGAGUGAGUCGAUCCCUCCGCCGCAGACUUGUGUAAGGAGUUUUCUAACCCCUCCCCCUCAAGACAGGAAGCAGAAAGUACACCAUGUAGGGCUGUAGAUUAAGUGAGAGUCUAGGGUUGGUUAAGGACUAAUUGUUAUUUCCCCUGUGCAAAAGAAUGAGAGCGUUUGUAGGUUUUCCUUUUCGUUUUAAUUGAAGCCGAACAAUUGUGGGGUUUAAUUCUAGGUGAUGACUGUGAUCAGUGUUUGUUGUAUCCUUUUGUUCUGUCUAGUAUUAACUGCUUUCGUAUUCUGUCCAAUCAGUAGUAGCGCAUGUGAUCUUACAGGUGAAUGCUCCCUUCAUUAGUUUUAUAACCAUGUUCGGAAUAAGCAUAUCCUGCCUAGCGGUUAUUCACCUCCAAUUAUUUAUGUUGCUGCAAUUAGGGCUGAAAGUUUUAGUAACGGUAUUCGGUAUCGAAUACCGUACUGCAUUUGUUAAUAUUUGGUAUUACUGAAUACAUGUAUUAAUUUGUUUGGGAUUGAGAUUCAAUUUAAUUGUUAUUUAGUAUUAGGGAUUACAGGAUUGAGAUUAGUAUAUAUAGAAAUAUCAAACAAUACCGAAAUAUAAGUUAGUGAGUAUUUUAUCCUCUCAACUAGACUCUCUCAUUCACUACUACAUUACCCUCAACCACCAAUCUACUGUUAUUUUGAUAACAUCAAAAAGCAAACAUUAAUAUUAGUUUUCUCUCAGCCUCCAAUUCGUCAAAUUAAAAAUUACUAAUGACAAAAACUUGAGAUGUCACCUCUACUUCAUUCUCUUUAUCCAUAUCCUAGAUCUAGCCAAACUCAAAACUCUUUGUUUAGUCUCUUUGUUCUAUAUUAAACAAUCAAAUUUAAUUUAUAUAUUUAAUUAAUAAUUAUAAAGGUAAUUAAGUUCGUAUUUGAUAAUACCGAUUGGGAUACUGAAGUAGCGAUUGAGAUACCGAAAUAUUUAGGGAUUGAGAUUAGGAUACCGAAAUUAUUUAGGGAUUGGGAUUGAGAUUGAUUCUAAGGUGUAAUUCAAGAUUUCGUUAUUUGGUAUUGAGAUACCGAUACCGUACCGAUUUCUACCCCUAGCUGCAAUGGCAUGCCAAUGAUUUGUUGCAGACGACUUGAAGGCGCAGUGUAAGGGGUCGUUUGGAAGUUGUGAUUUCAAAUGAUGUAUUGAGCUAAUUCAUUUAUUUGUAGUUGUGAUUUCAUAUUAGGCAAAUACAUAUAUCCAUAACUAUCACAUUUGUGACAAAUAUAUCCAUAACUAUCGAAAUACACGAAAUAUCCAAAAAUCGGAAGGUUGUGUGACAAAUCUAUCCACUUCCGUCUGAAACUAUAACAGUGUUAGUGAUGCCGUUAAUUAUUGUGACGGAAUGCUGACUAGGAUCCAAAUCAUCAUCCACUUCAGCAACAAAUUAGCAUUAUAUUA